GGGAAGCAGCGGCGGCGGCAGCGGCGGCAUGGCAGCGCGGCGGGCGUGAGCCAGCGCCGAUCCCGGCCUCGGUACCGGAACCUGGCCCGCAGGCUGCAGCGACUGACAUGGAUUUUCUCUUCAUCUGCCCCUUUCUGCUGAUGCUGCUGAUGUCCCGGAGCAGCCUUGCAGACUUGGAAAAACAGAGGGUGGACUCUGGCCUGGAAAUUUAUAAGAAGCUGUUUGAGGUGAAGCGCAAGGACCAGAUGAAUGCACUGAAGAACCUGAUUGAGCUCAAUGACGUCAACCAGCAGUACAAAAUCAUCGACAUCAUGCUCAAGGGACUCUUCAAAGUGCUGGAGGACUCCCGGGCCGUGCUCAUUGCUGCAGAUGUGCCUCCUGACGGGCCUUUCCCUCAGGAUGAGAAGAUAAAGGAUGCCUACUCCCACGUGGUGGAGAACACUGCCUUCUUCGGGGACGUUGUCCUGCGCUUCCCCAAGAUUGUCCACCACUACUUUGACCGCAACUCCAACUGGAACAGCCUCAUCCGCUGGGGCAUCAGCUUCUGCAACCUGACAGGCGUGUUUGAGCAGGGACCCCACUCCCAAGUCCUGGGGCUGAUGGCUCAGGAGCUGGGAAUCAGUGAGAAAUCACCUGAUUACCGCAAUCCCUUUAAAACAGACCACUCCGAGUUUUUCCCCAGUGCUGACACCUUCCAGAAGGCACUGCGGGAGGAGGAGAAGCGGAGGAAGAAGGAGGAGAAGCGGAAGGAGAUCCGCAAGGGCCCUCGCAUCUCCCGCUCGCAGUCGGAGCUGUAGCGGUGCGGGGGUGGGGGGGGCUUGCGCCUGGCGGCAGGGGCGGUGCCACUGGGACGUGGAGCAGGUCGCUGCCUCUCAGCGUACGCCGGACGGUGCCAAGUGGUGAUCCCCUUUCUGUUCUUGCCGUGGGUUUUGUUUUGUUGCCUUUCCCUUUCGUUUGGCGGGGGCCACGUUGCAGUGUUGGUAGGUUGCCUCAACGGGGAGCUGAAGUGACGUGCCCCUUCCCCGGAGCCAAAGCACAGAGGGGAAGGCAGCGGGGCUGGCCCCUGGGCUGGAUUGGGUUCUGCCACCCAUGGGCAGUUAGGGUGAGUGGGACAUGCUGUGGCUGAGCCCCAUGGGGAGCCCAGGGAACCCUCCCCUCCACAGCACAGGGUGCCCCGUGCUGGAUAUGCCUCCCCUGUCACAGGUGGAGUGCAUCAUGCCAAACAGCCUCAUAAGCAAUGCUGCUUCUCUCGGAUUUGGUUGGUUUUUUCCUUUUUUUGUUUAAGCUGGUGAUCUCAUUACCCACUCCCAACCUCCCAACCCAGUUAUUCCUGGUCUCUGCCCAGCUGCUACCUCUGCCAGACCAGCUCUUCCCUCUUCCCAGCAGUUGUUUUACCAAGCAACGUGCAUUUCGCUGGCCAGCCAUAGUUGAAAAGGCAAAAUUGUGCCAGGUCUCUCCCCAGUGGCAUACUGCUCUCCUGGGUGGGUACCAUAAGGCAUCCCUUCAAGUGUUGUGAAUAUUUGGGAAGGAGGGAUUUCAGCUCUUGGCCCUCAUUGCAGCCGAUGUGUGCCUGUAGUGCAAGCACCACUGAUGCUGAAGGCUGGUGAACCAGCCCUGAAGCCCUGUGUGCCAGUCCUGUGCCCUGGCCACACCAUCCUGUCCCACAUCCCUCUGCUGCGACGCUGAUACUCCCUAAUUUAGUUCCUCAAACCCUUUUCUCAGGAGGACAGCCAGCUAAAGGCACAUGUGCACAGCAGGGCUGAAGCUAGUCAGAGGGCUGCGACCCUCUGUUGGAGCGUCUAGGCUGCAGCAGGAGCCAAGCUGUCCCUAGGACCCUUCUGUUGUGGUCGCUGAUGAGGGUCACGCAGAAGGACCAUUGCUAGGCAGGGGGUGCUGUGUGCCAGGCUGGGAGCACCGAGGCCUUCGGGAAAGAGUCGGUGUCCUCAACAGUUAACUGCAGAGCCAGGUCCGUCCAGCUGGGGGGGAUGGCCACGGGCGCGUGUUUUGUUUUACUUGAAUAAAAUGGACUUUUUUUUUUUUCUAAUAAAAGAA